AUGGCUACAGAGAGUGUACUGCCAUUGACUAGAGAAACUGGAGCAGGGAAGUGGCCACCAAGCAAGGGCAUGAGUUCUUAUGAUUCUAUACCGGCUAGUCUUUCAGAAGAUGAGUUAGCAGAGUUGUCCUUCAUGCCAAAUAAUGAUGCUAUUUUUGGGAACUGGAGAGAUUCUAUCCUGGAACGUAGUGAAAGCGCUCCUCCUACCAUGGGAGGCUCUUUAGCUGCACUUGGUCACCUCAGAGGUCAGCAGAGCGGGAACCUUGAGGUCACAUUGCCGAAUUUAGGAAUUGGAACUAACAAUAUAACUUCUAAAGAACACCUAUUUUCUGAUUCGGCGUGUGUCAAAUAUUGCAUGUCCAAGGUGAAUUUGAACCCAAGGUUUCCUCCGCCACUCGUUUCAAGGAACCAAUUUAGCAGGACAUUCUCCCUUGAUGAUAGCAGCAACAUGUCCUUAUCUCUUGGUCAUUCUACUAUGUCAACACACAAGGAAGAAUCUGAGGAGGAAAAGUCACUAGGUUUGGAUUCAAGUUAUGUAGUUCAUGCUCAAUGUGAUUCGGGCCAAAGCACAUCUAACUUAGGAGGCCACAUUUCAACUCUUGCAGAUUCAGUUAAGGAAAACCUUCAUCAUAGCAAUGGUUUAUAUGACAACUCUUCUGAUAUUCUAAGUCCAAAUUCUAGAGAUGGUGUGUCGACUUAUUCUAUCAUUAAUUCAUCAAAGAAUUCAUCGCUUGAUGUUGUAAAGUCACAAGACUUGAAUGGAUUUCCACUUGAUGCUCAUCAACAUUCACCUAGACCUAUUGAGACUCCACUGAGUAAUAAACUUACUGGUGAGAGUCUUCUGGCUUCAUCUCCUCCUAAUUUAUCAUGUCUUGACCACAAUACUAUUACUGAAACUUGUCAGCAAAGAAAUCAAAGCAUGGACUCCAGUAUGAAGAAUAUGAAUAUUAACCCAGAUACCCUUAGUAGCAGUCUGAAUACCUUAAGUAGUUCAUAUGUUAUGCAACAGUGGCAGAAAAAUGCCUUAGUGAAGAAUGAUCUACCAAAUCUAGUCCAUGUUGAUCCUGUGAUGAUGAUUACUCAAGGAACUAAUCCUCAAGUUCCAUUUGCAGUCAAUUCAUCUUUUGGUCACAUGAAGUUACACUUUGGUGACGUUCAAUUGAUGCCCCACUUCAGAAUGACAUCACCUUUUUGUACACCAAAUUCUUUUGGGGUCCCGUGCUAUCCAAACUUGCAAUCACCUAGUAUUUGGGCUCCUCCAUCCGAAGUUGUUGGUUAUGGUUUCCCUAGUUCGUCCUUCCCACCAUUUAUUACUUAUUCCGCUCCUCAACUUCCUUCUAUGUCACCUUUUGAUACUCAUCUUCCAAGUGUUACACUACCUUAUUUUCCUUCAGCAGUAAAUUUUGCUACAAGAGCUGACUUAUUUCACCCAUAUAAAAUGUAUGACCAUCUUGGGGUACGUAUGCCACCACUAGUUCCUGAUCAGAGCCUUAUGCAUUAUAUGUCGCCACCAGUUCCUGAUCAGAGUCUUAUGAAUUAUUUUCGGCAACCUUCUAUUCAUUCAUAUGGUUUGGGAAAUCCAUAUGAUACAGUGGUUUCAAAUAACAUUGUGGAUAACCUUGGUAACAUUUCUAGUUCACCAAUCAUAGACGGACCAGAGCAUAAAUUCCAGGCCCCAGUUAUUGUAGCUGCUAAUGCCUCUACUUCUAGAAAAGAUGAAAGGUAUGUUGGGAAUUAUGGGGCCAUCUCACCUUACUUUGGCAUAUCAAUGCCUUAUCCAGUAGCUUUACAUGGGCAAGCUUCUUCUGGAACAUGUCCUCAUGACAAAAGAAACGGUGCCAAAGGAUUGCAAUCCACCCCAAAAAAUAUGCCUGUUGAUUCUGGGAUAGAAGGGCAACAGGGGAGAGAGAAGUGUGAAGAUUCAAAGGCACAUAAUUUUGUUGAAGAACUAAUGUCUAGCAAAACUCAAGGCGUCGAGUUGUCCGACAUCAAAGGGCAAAUAGUUAAAUAUAGUUUGGAUCAAAAUGGAAGUCGAUUCAUUCAGCAAAAGCUAGAGAAUUGCACCAUUGAAGAAAAGGACUUGGUGUUUGCUGAGGUCCUUCCUCAUGCUUCAUCGUUGAUGAUUGAUGUCUUUGGGAAUUAUGUUAUUCAGAAGUUCUUUGAAAAGGGAAGCACACAACAAAUGAGAGAUCUAGCUGAUAAGCUGGUUGGUCAUGUAUUCUCUCUAAGCCUUCAGAUAUAUGGAUGCAGAGUAAUUCAGAAGGCCCUUGAAGUAAUUCAGCUUGAACGAAGAGUUGUUCUUGUUCGUGAGCUUGACGGACAUGUGUUGCGAUGUGUUCACGACCAAAAUGGAAAUCAUGUUAUACAGAAGUGUAUUGAAUGUAUUCCAUUGGAACAUAUUAGUUUUUUGGUGUCUUCUUUUCAUGGCCAGGUUGCCAAACUAUCAAUGCAUCCAUAUGGAUGUCGUGUUAUUCAGAGAAUCCUCGAGAAUUGCAACAAUAAUCCUGAAGGGCUCUCCAUAGUUGAUGAAAUCAUGCAGUAUGCUUGCAUUCUCGCACAAGAUCAAUAUGGAAACUAUGUUACGCAGCAUGUUUUGGAGAAAGGAAAUGAUCAUGAAAGGGGCCAAAUAAUCACUAAAUUGUCUGAGCAAGUAGUGUCCAUGAGCCAAAACAAAUUUGCGUCUAAUGUCAUAGAGAAGUGUUUUAAACAUGGGGACAAUACAGAGCGGGAACUUUUGAUCAAGGAGAUUCAGAAGCAAACCGAGGGCAAUAAUUAUUUACUGGUGAUGAUGAAGGACCAAUAUGCUAACUAUGUGAUACAAAAGAUGCUUGAAACAUGUAGCCAACAACAGAUAGGGGCCCUUCUCAGUCGUAUGAAAUGCCAUGUGUCAUUAGUGAAGAAAUACACCUAUGGCAAACACAUCGUCAGCCGAAUCGAGCAACUCUGCGGUGAUGGAGCUGUGCAGUCGGAAUCCUAGAUGAAACUCUAUCACCAAUGGUGUUGAAUUGGCCAUGGCGAAGGCAACUCUUUUUC